UCUCUCUCACAAUCUCUGCGUGGUGGAUCCAAAUUAGAAACGGAAUGGCAAGAUGGAACCAGAUGACUUCAGAGCCUGCCUCAUCUCCAUGGGUUAUGAUCUGGGUGAGGUGGAGUUUGCACGGAUUAUGACCCUGGUCGAUCCUAACAACACCGGCGUGGUGACCUUCCAGGCCUUCAUUGACUUCAUGACCCGUGAGACAGCUGAGACAGACACUGCUGAACAAGUAAUGGCCUCCUUCAAAAUCCUGGCCUCGGACAAGGUAACACGCUUCAGCAUAGUCACUCGGGAAUGUUCAAUCGCCACAACUCACACCCGGUUAACAGCUAACACUCCCCGCCAGUUAACACAGGGAGCUCUACCCUGUAUCUAACCCCGGGCUGGCCCUGUCCCUGGGAGUGUUUG